AUGGCCAAGGAACCAAGUUUAGGCCACGCGAGAGCUGAUUCAGCCAUGAACGAAAUUGACCCGACCACAAAGACUAUCAUCACGGCGCAAGACUUCUGUAGUGCCGUGUCUUCUUUCGCAUCUCACGACAGCGUCAAAGCACUCACAGAGGUUCUUGACCUUCUGCCGCAGCGAGAGAAUGAUAUCAUAUCACGAGACAAUACAAUACGAGCCUUGAAGAAUGAGUUAGCUACGAAAAAUGAACUGCACAAAGGACAUACCCAACAACUAAUGUCAGAUCUCGAAGAUAGAUUUAAAAGUUGGAUCAUGGAGAAGAAAGAGCUCGAGAGCGAGGUGAAAGAAGUGAGAGACAUAUCUGAAGCAAAGGAUAAGGCGUUGGAAUUGCUUCGAGAAAACCUGGAAACGAGCAGAUCCAGAGCUGAAGAUCUCGAAAGAGACAUUGCUCAAAAGACUAUGAGGCUGAAAGAGAUGAUUCAACAGGUUAGUGUAAUGGAAGGGAGGCUGCAAACGAUGCAAGUAGACGAGAAGAAUUUUCUCCAAGAGGCAGAGAGAUCACGCAGCGAGAUUGAUGCAAUAAAAAAGUCUCUAGAAGAUAGUGAGAAGAUGAAUCAGACCUUGGAGGAGAAAUUCGCAAAAGCAAAGAAAACUCUCGACCAUUACCUGCAGUAUUCCGUGGAGAUGAAGAAGCUAGACUUGUCGGAAACGGCUGAAAGAAUCGAAAAGAUUUGGCAAUCCUCAAUAAGUUCGAUCGCGGAUUUCGUGGGUCAAGACCUUCCAGAAGACGUCUUGCAGAUUGAUUGGAACGAGCUCCGCAAGAAGAACGUAUUCAAAGACCAAAUCCCACUUCCUCGGACCAAUUCUGAUAUCGCGAAGCUAAUGCGAGUCGCGAUGGUCAUCGAAGCCUUUGCAACGCUUGUUGAUAGAUUCGUAUUCCAACCAACGUAUUUACUAAACGAAACCAGCCGGCUGCGGGAGAUUCUGUGUCAGCAAGCGAGUACCGAUCCGGGUAGAGAAAGAUUCGCUCGGGGUAUCCUCCUUUCUAUGUCUUCGGAUUCGCAAGAGGUAAACAGCAAGGAUGGGGACGACGUUCUCGACUCGGUUCUAGACGAGUUGCUGAGAAAUUCGAUGAUGCGGAGUCUGUUCACCGCUCAAGAUAUUUCCUCCUUUGACAAAGAAUUGACGGACUUGGUAAUCCAGUUUCAAGAAGAAUGGGAGAAAGUCCAACGUGGCAAGCAGAAGCUCGAAGCAGAUUUUUGCUACUCCAACUCGACCGACCAUACAUGGAACGUUAUCAGCAUGCGUGCUACGAAAUACAAAGAAGAUCAACACAGCGAACUGUUUUCCGAUAGUGGUAUCUACCAGGAGGAUGAUAUCGUCAUUGUUCCACAAGUCUACGUUAUCACAAAGGGAGAGGAAAAGACACCACUGACGCACGGUUUUCUCCUUCGAAAGGCUGACCUGGAUGCUGCAAAGGACGAAGCUCGCAGAAAUCCUCCAACAGCCACGUCUUCGCGCGCACCUCCAGGCCACCAGCGACGCAGGCGGCCAUCCCAGACGACCACAGUGACUAGUCAAACAUCAUCAGGCCCCAGUAGACAUAGAAGCGAUCGUAUUGUAUCUCGAGCUCGUGGGGUGCUAGGUGUCUGA